AUGCUGAUAUCUGUAAUCUUUCACCAGUUCCUGUGCCUGCAGGGCAGACUUCUGUCCACACCCUCAAACAGCAACCAAAACUUAAGAAAUGAGAAACCACUGCCCACUCAAAAUAUCUGUAAUAUAUUGGUGGACAACGUAGCUAAAGAUUAUGUUCGGCUCAUGAAAUACGGUGAUUCUCUGUACCGUUGCAAGCAACUGAAACGCGCUGCUCUCGGGCGGAUGUGUACUAUUAUCAAAGGACAGAAGCAGAGUUUGGAAUAUUUGGAACAAGUGCGUCAGCAUCUGUCCCGUCUGCCCACCAUUGACCCGAACACGAGGACCUUGCUUCUGUGCGGGUACCCCAACGUUGGCAAGUCCAGCUUCAUCAAUAAGGUGAAGAGAGCGGAUGUGGACGUCCAGCCCUACGCCUUCACCACCAAGUCUCUGUUUGUGGGGCACAUGGACUACAAGUACCUGCGCUGGCAGGUGGUGGACACCCCUGGGAUCCUGGACCACCCUCUGGAGGACCGCAACACCAUCGAGAUGCAGGCCAUCACAGCGCUGGCCCACCUGCGAGCCGCAGUGCUGUAUGUGAUGGACCUGUCAGAGCAGUGCGGCCACGGGCUCGCGGAGCAGCUGGAACUCUUCCGGAACCUCAGGCCACUCUUUGUCAACAAGCCUCUUAUCAUCGUAGCAAACAAAUGUGAUGUGAAGAGGAUCUCUGAGCUUUCUGGGGACAAUCAGAAAAUAUUUCUAGACCUGCAGGCGGAAGGCUUUCCUGUGGUGGAGACCAGCACACUGACGGAGGAGGGGGUUAUCAGAGUGAAGACAGAGGCUUGUGACAGGCUUUUGGCUCAUCGUGUUGAAACCAAAAUGAAGGGAAAUAAAGUGAAUGAGGUGCUGAACAGACUGCACUUGGCUGUUCCCAGCAGGAGAGAUGGCAAGGAGAGGCCCCCAUUCAUCCCUGAAGGUGUGGUGGCACGCAGGAAGAGGAUGGAGCUCGGGGAGCCAAAGAGGAGGUGGGAACGGGACCUGGAACUGGAGAUGGGAGAUGAUUAUAUUCUGGAUCUUCAAAAGUACUGGGAUAUAAUGAAUUCAUCUGAGAAACAUGACAAGAUCUCUGAGAUCUGGGAAGGCCAUAACAUAGCUGACUAUAUCGACCCUGACAUCAUGCAGAAAUUGGAAGAGUUAGAAAAAGAAGAAGAACUAAGAACAGCUGCUGGAGAGUAUGACAGUGAAUCUGAAAGUGAAGAUGAAGAAAUAGCGGAGAUUCGACAGCUGGCAAAACAGAUUAGGGAAAAAAAGAAGCUGAAGAUUCUACAGUCCAGAGAGAAGGACACACAGGGGCCCAGGAUGCCUCGGACGGCCAAAAAGGAAGAGGGAAUAUUCACCGUUUCCCUCAAUAAGAGUGCCAAACAGCUCUCAUUGCACAUCACAGCUUCCCAGCCUGGAGACUCAGCACCUACUUCUGCAGCAAGUGCACGGUGCUCCCCAGGCACCCGCAGCCUGUAUCCAGAUCUGCAGCCGAGGCCCCAGACACACCCUGCUGAGUAG